UUGAUUGAACUCUUGAGAUUGAGUUAAGUUCUCCUCCUACAGCUUACCCCCUAGUGCGUCGAAAGCCAUAGCGUCGCGAAUACUUCAUCAAUCAACGUGAUUCAAAUUGGGAACGGUAGCUGAGAUAAGAGCUACAACAUAUCCAAGUUUCGCGACAUUCCAACGGCUAGUGUUUUGUCGACGUCGUUUCUUGUGAAGACGACUUUUCUGUCCAGAAUUUCGGAUUUAUAUUUUGAGUAAUUCUAGCUCCUAAGUUCACCUAGACUCCGUCCUUAAUCCUAACAAGUGCAAGAUCAAUGGACACCUGAGUGGCUAAGGCAGCAGAUUCUGCAGGAGGACUUCCGCAGACGCCAUGUGGGAGGCGGUGCUGCCACUAAGACUGCUGAGGGGUAUGGAGCUGCAGGGCGCAGCAGAGGAAGAGGGGGUUGGAGAGGCCGAGGCCGUGGGAGGAGCUUUGGCAGAGGUAGAGGCCGAGGUGACUAUAAUGAGGGGCAUGGGAGCUCUAGUGGCAGGGGGAGUACCAGAAUGGAGGGCACCUGCUGGUACUGCAAGAAGGUUGGGCAUCCUUGGUUCAAGUGCUUCAGCAGGCUGGAGGGAUGGGCACCUCCAGGCAUGAAGCCGCCCAGUGGUGAACGCGCACAAGG